GUACUCGUCACUGCCGUCACAGGCUUCAUUGGCUCGGACAUUGCGAACGGGCUGCUUGGGCUUGGCCACAGAGUGCGCGGAACCGUCCGCUCGAGUGAAAAGACAGCCUAGGUGAUGCAAGCCCUGACCAAACGCAAACCUUCUGCAGAUUUCGAGGGCGUCAUUGCACCAGAUCGGAAUGUCCCCGGCGUCUGGGACGCAGUUCUCACGGAUGUUGAUAGCAUUGCCCAUGUCGCAGGAGACGUGAGCUUCGGACCCGACCCGACCAAAGUCAUUCCGCCAAGUGUAGAAGCUCUUAGAAGACUUCUUGAGGUUACCACCAAAGAGCCCUCACCCAAGCGUUUCGUAUUCACCAGCAGUGAUCAAGCAGCAAGCAAUCGUUUAGAUCUAAAAACAUGAAUACAUUUGCGGUGUGAGGCAUGCCUAGUGCAUAUCUA